AUGGCCUUCCCCUACAUCGACACGCCGCGCACCGAAAUUGACGGCAACGCGACUUACCUUACCAACGGGUUUCGCAGCGUGGGGCGAACUCAUUUGUCGGCAUUGGACUCAGUCGAAAACUCAUUCCAUACACCGUCAAAGGACAACGAUGUGAUAAAGGGCUUCGACAAACGCGUCACUCCGCGUGCGGGCGCUUCCAAGGCGAGAAGCGCGUUACGGCAUCUCCCAGCAGCAGGCCCUGAGAAAGGAGAAUUCACCCCAUUGAUGAAGAGCGCGACAAAGAACAACUUCCUGAAGUCAAUGUCUGCGGCGCGAGGAACGGACGAUCCGAGAACCCCAGGGUAUCAGAGACAGAACUAUCGAAGCAACGCCCACACGCCCGGCUUACCCCCAAUGGACAUGUCAGAUAUUUACGAGGAGGAUCGGACGAUGGAAGAUGCGACACCGCUUCCCCAGGCUGCCAGCAGUAGUGCGCAAAGUACACCGAUACCCAGACUAGGACGCGACGGCGCAGGAGUGCUCGGUGGUGGUCAGAAUAUGAUGUCGCUCAAGGAGCAAGUGCAGGCCAUCGAUAGACUCCAGAAAGACAACUGGAACUUGAAACUGAAGAUCCAUUAUAUGGAGGAACAGUUAGAAAAAGCCGGCCCUGAAUACAAUAACGCCGCCCUCAAAGAGAACACCGAACUCAAAGUCUUGCGAAUGACCAUGCAACGCGAUAUCUCCCGAUACCAGAAGAGCCUAGCGCAGGCAGAGCGCGACCUCGAGGAUUAUCAAGUGCAGCUCAUGGAAAUGAAGGAGAAGGCGUGGAAGAGGCAAGCUGACGAAACUGUACAACGUGAGAUGGAUCUGAUGCGCGAAGAGCUCGAGUCGCGCGACAAGCAACUCCGAGAAGCCCGCGACGAACUGAGACAAGUGAAGGACAGCCAAUCGCAAGAGACCGACAAACUUCGAGACGAGAUCGAGGAUUUGGAGGCAAGCUUGAGAGAAAAGGAUCGACUCCUUGAGGAACGCGAAGAAGAGCUAGAGGACUUGAAGCAUAAUGGCGACAAAGAGGGUGGCGCAGCCGCAGAGCUCCAGCUUGAACUGGAUCGUGCCAAGGAGCAGAUGCAAGAUAUUCAGGAUAACCUUGACCAGGUCAAGUCCGAGGCAAGAGAAGCAGACGCCGUCGCAAGGGAAGCUAUUGCAGCGAAGGACCACGCCGAAGAAAAUUUGAGAGAGUUGCAAGACGAGAUGUCAAACAAAUCCUUUACCACUAAAGGAUUGAGCCGGCAGAUGGAGGAGCGAACCGAAAGUCUUGAGCAGGAAGUACAUGAUCUUCGACAAGAAAAUGAUGCCCUGAGUGCGGAACUCGAGAACAAAACGAACAUUGCGACUCGUCUGGAAGAACGUUAUCAAACUAUGCAACAUGGCCUAGAAGAUAACGCUCAACAUCUUGUCCAGGACCUUGAUACUGCCAAGCGCGAACGUGACCAAGCCCGUUUCGAUUUGUCGAGAACUUCCGCUCGACUGGAGGAGGCUCUAAACGAAAUUCAACGUGCAACAGACGAAAAGGAACUUCUUCAAACUCGCCAUCGUGCACUGACCGACGAAUCGGGAGGACUGCAAGCCGAACUCGACCGAGCACAAUCCAGGAUCCGCGAACUCCAAAAGGCUGUUCAGGAUGCCACUACUCGCGCCCAGGAUGAAGGACACAACACCCGUUGGCAGCACAAGGUCGAAGUUGAACGACUGCAAGAAGAGAUUGAAAACCUUCAGCACGAGAUCGAAGAGAAAGAGGGACGUUUCGCAGUUGAUCAAAGCCGUUGGGAGAGCAACAAGCGAACCUUGCUAUCAGAGAAAUCUUGGGCAGAAGAUCAAGCAGCGGACUUGAAGCGCACUAUCGACAGGCUUCAGGAAGCCGGCAACUCUUACUCUGGCAAGGAGUCCAGAUUGCAGGAGGCCUUUGAUGCCGAGAAAAAGCGCAAUGCUCAAGAAAUGACCAUGCUGAAUCGCCAAAUUCAAGACCUCAAAGAUGACCUCGGCAAGACAAGACGCGACCUUGACGAAAAACAAGACGAACUCCUUGCGGCGAAGCAAGAUGUCCGGGUAUCUCGCCGAGAAGAGCAAGCUCUCCAGGACAAAGUGCGAGCUUUGGAAGAUGAAGUUGUUGUGCUACAGUCCAGCCUGGCAGAUGAACAAGAGCUCGCCAAGGGCCGGCAGAACAACAUGCCCGAACUGGAGAAAAUUAUGGAGAAAACCAUCGCCGAGAGACAAAAACUUCGCGACGAGCUUGCGAAUGCUCAUGUUGAGCUCUACGACCUAAAGUCUUCCGCAGAGGAGAUGGAAGCUGAGCGUGCUGAGCUUCAUGCACAACUCGAACGACUCCAAAAUGCUGAUGACACCACUCGCUUUGACCGCGAUAAGCUUGAACUACGCAAAACGACGACAAGACUAGAAAAUGAGCUCAACGCACUGCGAGACGCCAAGGCAACACUCGAAAACCAGCUUAUUUCUGAGAGUGAAAGGUUCGCCGAAGAGGAGGGCCGUUUUUCUGCUGAGAUCGAUCGUCUCCAAGACAAACUGCUUGCAGGCUCGGGCAAUCGGGAUCGUGAACUCACUACAGCAAAGACCAAGGUACAGCGCCUGGAACGUCGGGUUCAGGAACUGGAAGCCAUGAUCGAGCAGUCGCCCAUGGUAGAUAAUGAGCAAUCCGGUGCACAUGGAGAUCUCUCUCUACUUCGACACAACCUGGACGAGGCUCGGAAACGUGAAAAAAUUCUGCUUCAGCGUGAAUCCAAGCAAAAGUCUUCUGUACAAAGCUACAAGUCACGAAUUGAGGAGCUGGAGAAGGAUCUUCAUGAGGCGAUGAUGAACAAAUUCGAUUCAAACUCCCCGCAUAACUCACCCUCCAACAAACUUCAUGACGAGUUACGUACUCUGCGAAAGCAAGUGGCUGAAGCGCACCGGUCUCUCCAGAAAGCGACUGCCAAGAAUCGUGAACUGGAGCGCGCUGCAAUGAAAGAAGAGGACCAAAAGGACUUCCAUGAGCUGCUCAGGUCUUCUACCCUCGAAGCCGAAUCGCUAGCUCUGAAGCUUUCUGAACGGGAAGGACGCCUCAACGAACUGAAGAAACAUGUUCUUCGCAUUCGCGAGGAACGAGAUGCUCACAGACGAGAGGCCGAAGCUGCAACUAACAACCUCAAUGUGUUACAACAGCGUCAUGAGGAAGUCCUAGCGAAAAACACUCACCUCAAGUCAAGCAACAAGACCAAGCAUGAGAAGGAGAUGCGCGGCCUAGGCAAGGAGAUCAUUUGGCUCCGUGCUCGCCUACAGCGGGAGGAAAAGUUCCGACGUGAUUUAGCCUGGAGUAAGGGCCUGAUGGAACUCGGUGAACGUGUUCGGGUGGCAUGCAACGACGCCGAUCUACGCAUGAUCUCCGAGAUGGGUGUACAAGCCCGUGACCGUACUCCUACUCGCACUCCACGCCACAAAUUCAGAACUGCCAUUUCCCUAGUGAGAGCUACUGUCCGCAUGCAAAAGAUGAGCAGUGAUUGGAAACGAACCAAGAAGCUAGGCGAGGGCUUGAAGCGGGCCAAGACCGAAAUGCUUAAGCGUCGGGAUGGCUCGAACAAGAGUUUACUUGGGCAAUGA